AUGGCGCCUACCAAAAACGGUAAACCCGAUAAAGAGGUGUUCUACUUCGCUUACGGCUCCAACCUCUCCCCGGCUCAGAUGCUUGACCGGUGUCCGUCGUCUCCACCUAUCGGCCUCGCGCACCUGUCUGGAUGGACCUGGCUUAUUAAUGAACGAGGUUACGCAAAUAUCAUCCAAGAAAAAACUGCUACACCUGUAUCAUCGUCAAUAUUUUCGCAUUCGUCCACGUUUUUACAUAACAUACGACUCAGUGCGGGCAAUAAGAAGGACAAAGACAGUGGCGAAGAGAAAGGGUUAGAAAAUAGAACCAAGGGUGGCGUUUAUGGUAUCGUAUAUCGCCUACAUCCGAGCGACGAGGUUAAGCUAGAUAUGUGUGAGGGUGUCCCGUGGGCAUAUCAGAGGCAGUUUCUCGAUGCAACCUUGCUUCCGGCCCUAACUAGCCCUACCACAGCGGACAAAGACGAUACACAUGAUUAUUCCCAGGAUGUAGAGAAGGAGAAGACGGUCCGAGUGCUUGUGUACAUCGACCCUAAGAGAAUCCUACCAAGCGCUCCGAGAAAGGAAUAUGUAUACCGAAUGAACCGUGGUAUCGAUGAAGCCAUGGAGCAUUGGGGGCUACCAAAGUUAUAUGUCGAUUCGAUUAUGAGACCCUUCAUCCCAGCAAGAUCAACGGGCUAGACCUUGGGAGCCCUCUUAAUCCUCUUAAUAGACUCAUAAUAAACUCUCCUUUAACCAAGGAUAUGUCCCCAAUAUUGAAUAUAUACAUAUGUGAGCGCUUAUAUACAGACAUUCUUACUCUAAACCGGUAACUCCUGCUAAACCAAUGAAGACCAAAAGAAUACGAGGUAAACCACUAAACAAUGGGCUCUACCCAACAUUAAACCAUACCGAUAUAACCUAUAUGCUCCACCAACUUUAUACACAUGUCCCUAUGCAUAUAUACUAUCCAAACAAAAGAAAACUUGAAGCAUCGGCUUCGACCCAUAGAUACCGAGGUAGCUAAGAAACAUGUGACCCAUUUCCAACUAUGAGCCUGCACAAUUUUCUACACGUCGCGAUUGCAGGUGACUUAGA